AUGGGAAAGGAAAAAGGCGAAUUGUCGCUGAUCAUUUCCGAAGUAGUAGCGCUCAACACCAAAGCGGCUAAAUUAGGCGCCAAAGGACUUGGUUUGAUGCAAAAAACAAGCGGUUUGAAACAAGUCAUAACACCUGAUGUCACGAUCAUCGAUGAUGAAGAUUGUUUCGAGGUAGACGGCAUCUCGCAGAAAACUCUCUUCCAUCUUGAGAAAAUGGAAAUUGGGCUCAGUCUGCUCAAAGAAGAGAUGAAGUAUUUGGAAGGUCUCUCGAACAAAUGUAUUCGGUUGUUUUUGGGCCCGAUCAAUGAAACUUGUUUCCAACAAGUCGGCUACUUGCGUUCGAAGAUAGCGUGGUUCAUUACCAUCGUUGAAAAGUUCACAAUGACUGGAUUAGACUUGAAGGCAUUAUUGGCGGAAGAUUGGAAAACUUUAAAGACAGAUGCGCGCGUGAUCGAUGCGGCUUUAAAACAUAUCAAGCCGUUUUCAGAGCUCAAAAUGAGUGCCAUUCAGAUCGAGUCCCGGAUGUUGGACUUCUUUGGGCCCAAGAGUCUUGCAGCUACAGAGUAUCGGGCGGCCGUUGAGUAUGGGAAAGAUUCGGUUGUUUUGUUUGACUUCUUGGGAAAGCCUGGGGCUUCUGUCUAG